UCCAUACCCUUGUUAUCAUAAACGGAUCUGUAUCCAUUUUCGUGCAAUUAACCCUAAACGCAACACAUGUCUCCCCCUCAUAACACUUGCCAAUUUGCGAUCGUCAUUUCCCAUUGACCGAGAAAGGACCAAUUCAUCCUCCACACUCAAAAUUAGCAACACAAACUCCUCUUUCUUCUUCCUCCUCCUUCCUCACAUCGUCUUCUCUUCUCACAACCCCACCAAAAAUCACCAUGAACAGACCAAAAGAAGCUUCAGAAAAACCCCAACAAGAACAAGAAGAAGAUGCAAAUUUAUCUCCUUCCCAACUUCUUCAACUCGCUGAAACCCAUCUUCGUCUUCGCAAUUUCUCACUUUGUCGUCAAUAUGCUCUUGAAUCUCAUCAACCCCAUGACCCUAAUUCUGUCUCCAAUCAUCGUCAUGCUUCUCAACUUCUUGCUAUCUCAAAUACCCUUUCUUCUCCAACUAAUUUCUACUCAAUCCUUCAAAUCGAUACUUUCUGCAACGAUUUUACCCUAAUUCGUUCUCAAUUUAAGCGCCUUCUCUCAAUUCUAGACCCCAUUGAAGAGAAAUCCCCAUUAGCAAAGGAAGCAGUUAAUUUGAUUUGGAAAGCGUAUGAAUGUCUUUGUGACCCCACCAAAAAAACCCAGUUUGACUCCAAGCUUAUUGGUCAAAGGAGAGAGAGUGAGCAUGAAGAUGGUGGUGAUGAAGAGAUGGGCCUCAGCACGCUCUGGUUGAUGCAUGUAAUUUCUCUUCAUUCGUUUUGCUCCAAGGUCACCACUUUUUUCCCAUGGAUCAUCAGUAUAUAUCAGAGUAGCUCUUGUGACAUGAUGGCAUUACGGUUCUUAACCUCAAGGGGAAAAAUGUUGGUAAAUUCAAUGGCAAGUUAUUAUGAAAUGGGAAAUUCUUCAAAUAUUAGUUAUCCAAAUACUAAUAACUUUCUUCUAAGGCCAACAAUUCAAGAAAACACUACAAAUAACGCUAUAAAUCACAACAUAAUAGCAAGUGCAACCACUAUUUCUCCUUCAUCUAUGUUAUGCUCUUCAUCAAAGGCAGGGCUGUCCCCUGAGGCUAAAGCUCUAGCAGCUUGCAAGAGUCACAAGGAGGCCGAAAGGCGCCGUCGCAAGCGUAUCAACGGUCACUUUGCCACCCUACGUUCCGUCCUCCCUAACCUUGUCAAAACAGACAAGGCCUCGGUGUUGGCAGAGGUGGUCCGGCGGGUGAGGGAGCUAAAAAAGGCCACCUCGGAAUUGACAGGGGAUGGACAUGAGGAUUACGAUGGGUGCAAUGCUUGUUUGCUUCCGGGGGACAUAGAUGAGGUUAGCCUACGACGUAGUGAAAAUGACAAUACUACCCUCAUUGCUACCUUGUGUUGUGAGGAUAGGCCUGAGCUUAUAUUGGACUUGACAAGGGCAUUAAGGUCAGUUAAGGGUAAAGUUGUGAAGGCGGAGAUGGCCACGGUAGGGGGUCGGACCAAGAAUGUUUUAUGGGUUCGGGGAGUUGGUGGUGGCGGGCCGGAGGGGCUGUUGAAACGGGCUUUAAAAGUGGUGGUGGACAAGGCACCUUCUUCUUCUGGGUUGGGCCAUGGGCUAAGGAUGCACCGACCGUAUUAAUUGGGAAGUGUGUUGGGCUGGGCCUGUAAUAUUGGUAGUUAAGUAUACAGUUGGAAAAUCCUAACUAACAAAUAUGUGUACUCUAUGUUUUUCUAACUGUCAAUUAGAAAGGAAAAAAAAAGAUAGUUGUGUAUGUUAAUGUAUGGAGCUUGUACUAGUUAGUAACUUUAUAUGAAUAUGAUGAUAGUUUGGGAAUCUGAAGCCAAUGAUAGUAAUAUGGCAAUAAUUAGUGCUUUUUAUUA